UGUGGCCACGACAGUUUGUUGCUCCAGGAGCGGAAACUCCUAGGAUGUCUCUCUGAAUAAAGGCGCCAGAAGUGCGAAAUGACUACAUGGCAGCCAAGGCGGAAAACUGGGGAAUGGGAGGUUUUGACACUUAUGGAUAAAGCUUCUGAAAACAUCCGUGUGCAGGUUUUUGUAUGGAUAGAAGUUUUCACUUCCUUUGUGUAAAUACCAAGAACGUGAUUAAUGGAUCGUAUGAUAAAGUGGCCUUGUGAAUAGGAAUGCCCUCCCAAAUAUCAGAAUUGCAGAUCAUGGAUGAAGAUGGAUUAAUUGAAGAAGUCUUGGAUAAGUUUGUUAAUUGUCACGAGCAGACAUAUGAAGAAUUUCUGAGCACGUUUCCUCAUCUUUCCAAAGAGGAUAAUGUGACCAAAAGAGAAGCAUUUGGAACUGAUUCUUCAGAAAACAUACUUACUUCAAUAAAAUUUCCUCAUGAAAAUGAACCAAAUGAUCACCAUCUUAGAAAUAAAGCCAUCUUUCUUCGUACCUUACCACAAUGUUCAGAAGAGGAACAGAUAGUGAUGGAUGAAGGCCAAAAAGUUGGCAGUUCCUUUCAAGGUGAUCUGAGUCGGGCAGGAAAGGUGAAGGUAGACAAUUUCCUAGAUUUGGAAGAUUUGGACACGGAUGAAGAGAUUAGGCCCCAGAUGCCCACAGACUUGCUGCUGCUUCCGGGAGAAGUGGAGCCGGAUGCGAGCGCCAGUGCUCCCUCUCACGUCCCUUCCGUGGCCCAGCCUCUUCCCCCUGGAGGAAAGCCCACGCCCGCCAGGAAAGGAGCAGACAAGCAGAGGGAAGAGAUGCUCGGGGACGAAGUCCAGCCCUUCUCACUUGAUGAAGAAUUCGAUUAUGAUGCUGUGACGCUCACCCCCAAGUUCACCCCUGCAGAGAUGGAUGCCAUCAAGGAGCUGUCCGCGCGGAAGGGAGAGAACUCCAGCACAGACGCAGAGGGACCCCGGGACUGACUCACCAAGACAGCUUCGUGCUUAUUUUUAUUUUGUCCUUAUUCGAGCAACGUUAAAAUAAAAGAUAAACCUCCUGUAGC